AUGGGUCGGCUGGGGAAACGACAACGACGGCGCUCGUCGCCAUGGCCGGAGCUCCCGGCGGAUCUCGGAGGCCUCAUCCUGCACCUGCUGCAGUGCCACAUCGACCGCCUCCGCUUCGGGAGCGUCUGUCGCCAAUGGCGCUUGGUCGAGCGGCAGCAGCGGCGCGACCUGCCGCCGCCGCUUCCCCUCAUAUGGCUGGGAGGCCAGACCUUCCAAAUCCCUGCCGGCGGCGAGCUCCGCCGCUUCCGCACAGAUGGCGUCGACGUGCUGCGCCGCGUGUCCUCCCUCUGCCACGGCCGCUUCGACGGCUGGCUCCUGUCCCACCGGCAUGGCGACGACUUCUCCAAGUGCUUCCUGGUCAACCCUCUCACCGGAGCCACCAUUGAGAUGCCGCUCCGGCUUGACGACGGCACAAAGAUCGACAGAUUCCCCAUGCGCAAGAUCAUCGUGUGCUCGCCCGACCUCGUCGCCGCCCUCCUCUGGGUCUGGGGCAGCUCCGUCGCGUUCUACCGGCCCGUCGCCCCUUCAUGGUCGGCCUGUCGUCCGUCGGACGGCCGUGGAAGAGGCGUGUGCGUCGACAUCGCCGUGCACCGUGGGAAGCUCUAUGCCCUCAACGACGAUGAUGGGCUCUUCGUUCACGAGGUCAGCGCCGCCGCCGCCGGCGUGCCGAAGGCAUCCCGCGUCGUGGAGCAUGCCAUCACGCCACAGCCUCCCGCGGCGGCGGCGAAUAAUCCAGCAGGGCUUCUCCAGACGCGGCGCUACCUCGUCGCAUCCAGCACGGGCAGUAAGCUGCUCAUGGUGAAGUGGAUGAUUCCUUCGCGUCGUCAUCCUGACAACCCUACCGACGGGGUCGCGCUGAAGGUAUUUGAGGCGGAUUUGGAGGAGGGUCGGUGGACGGAGGUGAGCAGCUUGGACAAUGGCGAAGCUCUCUUCGUCGGCGGGUGUUGCUCCAAGGCUGUUAGGUUGACGGGCAGUGAUCGGAGGUUUCAGGAGAACUGUGUUUACAUUAUAGGCCAUGAUUUUUUCGGAUAUUGCUAUGAUGCCAUGCCAAGCUAUGCUUCCUAUGACCUAGGGAGUGGCACUGUCAGUCAGGUUGUCCUGGACAGAAUGCCGGUUAUCUGGUCUGCCUUGAUGAUGGGAUGGUUCUUCCCACAAGAGCAAGUUUAA